AUGCUCAGAAGAAUAGAACCCUUUGUCUCAUCAAUCCUACAAUUUCUCUGGUGCCUUGAAUCUGCUUCCCGCCAACACAUGACCACGCUACGGAACGUCAUCGCGCGGGAGAAAUUCCCAACUCUGCCAGAUACCGAGGCCAUCCAUCUUUUUGCAUCUUCAUUCCCAACAGAGCUCUCUCAUCUCCGAAAUGCUAGUGCUACGGUUGAAUCUGCCGCCAGCACGCCUCCCGGCUGCUUGGACGAGAGAACACCAUCCGCGCUGAUCUACGGCGCAGAAUUCGCAGAGGUCAACCGCACCCUGAUCAGCAUGCUGGCACUCAAGUGGAUUCUGGCAGACGACUACGACUCUUUCAUACGCGGCCAGUCAGAAGGGAAAUUGGCGCCGGAGACGUUCAAGCGUAUGCGGGAGACGGUCACCCGGGAUCUGCACGACCCAGAAGACAUCUACGCGUUACUGGUAGCGAUCGUCAUCGAUGAUAUCGGCAAAGAUUCUACCCUAGCCACGGCCGACGAGGCCGAAGUGAACCAUUCCGAGCUAGUGUAUCAUGCCGCGCAAGCAGAUCGCAUCCCGGCGCUUGCAGGUGUUCCCCACCGCGGCAGGGAAGCAAUUCUGCAGAGCCUGCAGAUCGGAAGCAAGCUUAACAUCUCGCAGUUGGUGCAGGGUGAGUGCGCGCCGGCGAGUCUCUCUGUGCUACGGUCGAUGAGAGACAACGCACGCGGAUACGAGAUGCGAGCGAUGGUGACGCUGCUCGAUGUCGCUGGCGCAGCUGCCCAUCGCGACGCGAGGGGAUGCGCUACGAUGACCGAAUCGGUCUGCCGGGCUUAUCUACGGGCCAUUGAGGUUGUUGGGGAGUUUAUUCGAGGCAACAUUCGGACUGAGCGCGUAUGCUACGAUCGGAUUUUGAUGGACCGGGCGGAACUUCUUCACGAAAAGGGAUUUGCUUUGCUUUCUGUUGAGAAGGCCGAGGAACGAACGCUACUGAGACUGCUCUGCAUGGGCCGAGGCGAUAGUCUAGAGUCGGCUGAGAUAUUUCAGACGGCUUUUCAGCUUCUGCCAGAGUCUACCAGAUGCCGACUGGUGGAUGGGCUCAGUGUAGAUGGCGUUGGCGACGGGGUAGCGAUUGUCCCGUACUAUGCCCCAGGUCUGCUGGCCGAGGUCAUGCGCAGUGUCCGCAACAAAGAGCGUAGUUAUAUCAUUGCUGCGAUGUCUGCAUUUCUGCGGUUUCUGGCGCGUGUGUUUGACGGUUCACGGCCUCGGACAGACGGAAUUCAAGAGCGCGACCUGUCGUUUGUCCAGGACGUGAUCAAGAGCGGCAGAUUUGGAGACGAUCCAUCUAUCCUGGAUACUAUCGAGCUGCCUUGGAUGGCCUCGAGAGAUAUUAUUGAUCCACGCUUAUGA